CUCCAACUCUCUCUAUAAAGCAAGUUUUACAUCCCCUCAUCCCUUCAUCGCUCCUCCUUAUACCCAAACUAUCCAGAAAUUCAAUACUCAAAGACCAACAUGUCGGAAAACCAAACAACCAACAACCCCGCCGCGACCCAAGGUGGAAACGAAGGGCCCGGCCACGUCCCUACGGAUGCCCCUGCAGAUACAAUCUACAGCUUCAACUCGCUGAAAGAACAGAAGCAUGCUGCCGAAGAUAAAUACAUGGCCAGGGCUGCUGCGUCUGCGGGCGAAGAGCCGCCGGCGCAGAAAGAGGACACGAGUUUUAUGAACCACAAGCCUGGCGGUGGUGAGACAUUGCCUGGGUGGGAUACGAUGAAGGGGAUUUUUACUGGAAAAUCCGAGUAGGACGAAGAAAGGGUAUUGUCUUGAUGUGUAUAUUUAGUUAAUCCAAUGAAUUAUGAUACUAUGUUUCUUAUCUGAUAAUAUUGACACAUA